AUGAGAAAAGAAAAUAAGGAAUCAGUUAAAAUUUCCCGAAGAGGUAGAACAGAAAAGAACGGCAAAGAUAGAACUUCCCGUAGAAUUAGCAAGGAAAACAUCGACCCAGUCAGAAUUUCCCGAAGAGUUGAAAAGGCAAAUAUCGACCCAGUCAAAAUUUCCCGGAGAGUUGACAUGAACAAUAUCGACCCUGUCAGAAUUUCUCAGAGGGUUGACAGGUCAAAUAUCGACCAAGUAAGAAUUUUCCGGAGAGUUGACGUGAACAAUAUCGACCUUGUCAGAAAUUCCCGGAGAGCUGGCAAAGAAAAUAUUGACCUAUUUAGAAAAUCCCGGAGAGUUGGCAAGGGCAAUAUCGAACCAGUAAGAGUUUCCCGAAGGGAUGUUAAGGAGAAUAUCAACUCAAGUAGAAUUUCCCGCAGAGUUGACAACCAAGUUAGAACUUCCCAGAGAGUUGGGAAGGACAUUAGCGACCAAGUUAGAAUUUCCCGCAGAGUUGACAACCAAGUUAGAACCUCCCAGAGUGUUGGGAAGGACAUUAGCGACCAAGUUAGAAUUUCCCGUAGAGUUGACAACCAAGUUAGAACUUCCCAGAGUGUUGGGAAGGACAUUAGCGACCAAGUUAGAAUUUCCCGUAGAGUUGACAACCAAAUUAGAACUUCCCAGAGAGUUGGGAAGAACAAAAGCGACCAAGUUAGAAUUUCCCGUAGAGUUGACAACCAAGUUAGAACUUCCCAGAGAGUUGGGAAUGACAUUAGCGACCAAGUUAGAAUUUUCCGGAGGGUAGACAUGAACAAUAUCGACCCUGUUAGAAAUUCCCGGAGAGUUGUAAAGGACAAUAUCCACCCACUUAGAAAUUCGCGGAUAGUUGACAAAGACAAUGUCGACCUAUUUCGAAAAUCCCGGAGAGUUGCCAAUAACAAUAUCGAACCAUUUAGAAUUUCCCGAAGAGAUGGUCACGAGAAUAUUAACUCAGUUAGAAGUUACGGCAUAUUUGAAAAGGACAAUACCAAACAAGUUAGAAAUUCUCAGAGAUUUGGCAAGGAACACGGAGCUCGAAACAGACACGACAGAGUUAGAGAGAUGAAGAGGGGAGAUGUACAAAAUGGGGAUUACAGGAGAUAUUUUGCACAAGGGAGAGAUGAAUUGAGGGAAAAUCUAGUAAGAUUAUUCGGGAGCAACAGACGGGUAAAAGUGCGUGAUAAUUCAAUGAGAAAUAAACAACAGGGGUUUAAUGAUAAUGAACAAAAGGAAAUUCUGAAACAGUCUUCUAAUAACAUUAGAGAGACCCUUUCGAGAUCAAGUAGCAUACUAAGACGGUCUGAUGAAACAAAGAAAUGGUCAGUAAUUCGUAUUCAGUCUACAAAACCUAGAGAAACAAACAUUCGAAGACAGCCACAGACUAUGCAUAGAAGACGAGAAGAAACGGAUAACUCUGCUAGGGGAAUGCGUAACCAGGAAAAUGAAGGGGGUGAUAGGACAAGUAAUACUCGCAGUAACAUAAAUACAACUACUAGAAGACGAAUAAUGAACCAAAAUAGUCGCGACCUAAAACGCGAGGUUUCAAACAUACACCAGAGAAACGAACGCUCGACAUAUCGGGAAACCAUACAUUCGUCUCUGGGUUACAUUGACGUCGAUUUGAAAAACAUUGGGAUGUAUAAGGACGAUAUGUCUAGUUUUCAGCUGGACCAUAGACAAAAUAGGAAAAGGGAGCACUCUGGUAGUAUAUUUUCAAUUCAUCGGCAACAUGAUGAUAUGGAGGCGAUAUUUUCACCCGAUAGAAGGCGGAACAACGACAGACGGCGGAACAAUUUCUCACGGACACGAAUGCAAAUGCAUUUACAGAGAAGCAUGAAUCCUUUGAAAACAUUUUCAAAUCGCAGAGAAACAAUAUGGUCAAAACGAGAGAGGGUCGACAUUGGACAAAAACUGGAAAUGAACAGCUAUAUGUCAAGAAGGCGUCAGGAAGAAAUGAAGCCUAGCGUAUUGCGGCACUCUUAUACGACGGCAAUUGACAACAGUUGGGCCGAUGUGGCGUUGCGUACGAUUAUGUUGGGUGUGGUCGGGCUUGCAGGGUCACGCUUCUGGCACAAGCCUACCGACUAG